AGGUAGAUGUUGAUGUGAUAUAGUACCGCUACUGUGGCUAACAAAUUUGAAUGCAGUUUAUAAUUUUUUAAAAUUUUACUAUUGACAGUUGCAGCUUAAUUUGUAAACGUCAGUUCAUCUACAACUUCCUCUUCAUUUGUGAUCCAGUACUGAACAAACAACCUAAGCAACGUUUAUUUUCGAGAUGUCAGUAAGAAUAGUGCGACAGAGCAAGUUUCGUCACGUCUUUGGCCAACCACUAAAUAGGGAACAAUGUUAUGACAAUAUCAGAAUAACUAAAAACUCUUGGGAUUCCAAUUUUUGUGCUGUCAAUCCAAAGUUUCUAGCAAUUAUUACAGAAAUAGCAGGAGGUGGAGCUUUUCUUGUGAUUCCACUCCAAAAGACUGGUCGAAUCAAUGUCAGUUAUCCUCAGGUAGCAGGCCACAAAGGGCCUGUAAUGGACAUUGCCUGGUGUCCACAUAAUGACAAUGUUAUUGCUAGUAGCUCAGAUGACACUUUAGUUCGUGUAUGGCAAAUUCCAGAGGGGGGACUAGUAUGCCCUCUAAUUGAUCCGGUUGUGGAGUUGGCUGGACAUCAGAAAAAAGUUGGACUUGUUCAGUGGCAUCCAUCUGCUAAUAAUGUUCUACUAAGUGCCGGUGCUGACUGUAAAAUAUUGAUUUGGAAUGUUGGAACGGGAGAGCUCCUCUUUGGGUUUACGCAUCCUGAUGUGGUCUUUGACUGCUGUUGGAGCUGGAAUGGUAGUCGACUAGCAACAACAUGCAAAGAUAAAAAGAUUAGGGUUUAUGACCCUCGUUCAGGAGAAAUAUUACAGGAGGCCAUGGGUCAUGAAGGGGCCAAACCACAGCGUGUUCUUUACCUCAAGAAUGGGAUGAUAAUUACAACAGGAUUUUCUAGGAUGAGUGAACGACAGUAUUCUCUGAGGAGUGAGAAUGACUUAGUUAAACCUUUCUGCUUGGAAGAGAUGGAUGUGAGCAAUGGGGUUAUGGUACCAUUCUACGACCCAGAUGUUAACCUACUUUUCUUUUGUGCUAAGGGAGAUAGCAAUAUUCGUUACUUUGAGAUAACAGAGGAAUCUCCGUACGUUCAUUACAUCAACACCUAUCAGUCAACUUCCCCUCAGCGAGGCACGGGUAUGAUGCCAAAACGUGGUUGUGACUUAACUCGAUGUGAGAUUGCGAGGUUUUUUCGGCUGCACUCGAGCGGCUUCUGUGAAGUCCUUUCUUUUACUGUGCCAAGAAAGUCUGACCAGUUUCAAGAUGACUUGUAUCCACUAACGGCGGCUGAUGUGGCAGCCAUUUCUGCUGAGGAAUGGGCUGAAGGAAAGGAUGCUGUCCCAGUUCUGAUUUCACUAAAGGAAGGAUAUGCACCUUGCCAAAAACAAGAGUUGAAAAUUUCAAAGAAACCAAACAUUCUAAACAAAAUGGCACCUAAAAAUAAUGAACCAGAACCAGCCUUCCACAAACCUGACAAGAAGAUUCAAGAAUUAAUGGAAGAAAUAAAAAAACUAAAGUCUGCCGUAAGUGAACACGAUCACCGCAUUAAGGAACUGGAGAAAACGGUUGCAUCCUCGCAUCGUGCAUUCUCGGGACAUACCCAAGUUUUGAACAACCGUGGUGAAGAUAUUUCAUAUGAGGAGGUGUAACUUUUCCCAUGUUACCCUGUUUGAGAGAGUACUUAUAAUAACUUACUCUUUUGUGUCACAAAAAAAUACAACAGAUGCUAGGAAUUGUCAACUUGGCUUGUUUUUUAUAGCCUGGUUCUAAGAAUAGAAAUAACUGUGUUGGAAAUGUGUACCUGUUUGACUGGGAAACUAAUAGUGUAAGAAACAACAGGAACUACGAGUUAAUGCACCACGUGGGAUCUGCCUGUAAUAUAUUAUUGUAUAAUAAUUAUAUAUCGGUGUCUUUAUGGGUAAUUUUAGUCCAAAGAUUUUUUUUGGGGGGGGGGGGUACAAUUGUGUGAUGCAAAUGUCAUUUGUUACUAAAUUGUUUACAGAUUUUUCUAUAUAUAUUAAGUGAUUCAUCCCCCACUAUGUGGGUGUUAACUUCAUUACUAUCACUGCUAUCAUCAAAGGUGCCAACUUUUCAGGUUUUUUUUUCUUACGUUCAUAACAGAUUUAUGGUACUUUUUAAUAAGAUGAUAGGGUGAAGGUAAGAAUCCACUACAUUAUACUUGUUGUUAUUUUUUUAUAAGUUUUAUAAAGUUGUUCUUUGUACUUUAUGAUUGUUAUCAAUCCGAUGAAACUUCCUUAUUUUUCAGAACAUAUACAUAUAUUUAUACUCUACUGUUUAUGUGCUUAGCUGAUAAGUUAACUCUUUCAUGUGAAUCAGGCUCAGAAAAAUCUUGUGGAAUUUUCCCAGUUUAAAUUGAUGUGUGUGUAUUUGUGAGCCUUCCCAGUGCAAUGAGGUAAAGCUAUUGUUCUGACUGUCCAUCUAAAAUGAGGGACAUCUGUUGUGAACGUUUCUAUGUAAAGAUGUUUUUAAGCUUUCCAUGUAAAGUAAUAUAUACGUGUUGUGUAACCCUUUUGUGUAAAAUGAUAUAAUAUUUCUUGUGUGUGUGACCUUACCAUGUAAAAUGUGGUUGGUAUACCUGUUGUAUAACAAUCCUAUGUAAAAUGACGUUUACUUAUUAUACAACCUUUCCCUGAGAAUGAAGUCAGCUAUCGUGUAAUUUUCCCCUUUUUCAUCAUGCCAGAACAAGUAAACUUAUUAUGUAAAAGCACCAUAAUAACUAAAUGUUCACGAUUUUAAUUGCGGGAAAAUAUUCCACAUGCUUCUCUGCUGGUAUCGUAAUUUCGAUGAGGAAACUUUUUAUAUAGAUUUUUAUACAUUUGAUUUAAAUCUAAAAUUAAUUUUCCGUAUUAGGAAAACCAUAACUGUACGAGCUUCUUUUUCUUUAGCAAUUUCUAAAUGUGUAGAAUUAUAGAUAUAAACUCUCAAAACAGUCAAUAUAAUCAGUCAAAAGUUAUCCUGUUCUUGUUGCAUAAUUUAAGUAAAUCUUGUUAUUUUACUGUGUAAAAUAUUUUAAUGAUGGGAAAAAAUGACUAACAUUUCCAAGUGAAGCAAAUAAAGGGAACAAAAAAUUAUAUUCAUGGUGUUGACUAGUAAGACAAAAGCUAAAUAAACCUGUCAGCAUCAGCAAUAGAGAACGGACAUUAACCAUGAAUUUUAUGAGAGAAUAAAACUUAAAGAAGGCCUAAUAAAAUCAACUUGUUAAGAUAAUCCAAAAUAUUCAACUGUAAAUCUGAUUAUUGAUUGUUAGGAAACGAGAAGUCUACCUAAUCAUCUUAUUAAUGCCAAGAUUACUGUUUUGUUACAGUAUUUCAAAGGAAGAAAUAACAAUUAGGCUUAAUCUUUGUGCGUUUUAUGAGAGGUAAUUAAAAUUAAGAUAAAUUUUCGAUAUCUGAAUAUUUUUAGGAUGUUUUUACUUAAUUAUUGUGAUCAUUAGUAACAUAAAUAUGUAGAAUGCUCAAUACAGGUUGUUUAUAACACGAUAUAACCCUUUUUUUUUAUACCUUGUACAUUAUUGUUAUUGUUUGAAAGGUGUAUGAUUAAGCAUUGGUUGAACUAAAUCUCAUAGAGCAUUGAGCUAUCUUCUCACAAAAGUGUAGCAAGUGUGAUACAAGUAACAUUUUAAUCAGCAUGAAAGUGUUUGUGUGUGUGUGGUAUUUCGUCAGCUCAGGAUGAAGCCCGAGACAAGUUCUGAGGCAACUGAGCUAAGUGAUUAAUCUAAUAGCAGUUUUUAAUAAGGUAUUUACUCGGAAUACUAACACAAUUUGACUAUCACAUACGAGGUCCCAUGUUUGCUGGAAGUUUUCUUUUGUGGUAAUUUCCCUGGCUCGAUAUGGAACUCUUUUUUUUUUUUAUAUACCAUGCAAGUGUUUUCUUUCAACUAAGCAAAAGAGCUAAUCUACUAGCCUUUAAUAGCAGGAUAGUUUUUAACAACUCUCACUACCCUAAGUGCUUAAAAUGCAUAAAGUUUGAUAUGUAGUACAAUGUGUAGUUGAAAAACUUCAUUUCCAUUCCAGCUUAUUGUAGUUCAUGUAUAGCUCGCAAACAGUGUUCGAUUCAUGUGCACUAGUGCAAUGAAAUAUAAUCAGUUGUUCUUGUAUGCAUGAAACGGUAUGAAUACCAGUAUUUUUAAAUGAAUACUAAUGUUUUUCUUAUUUUUCUAGACCUUGAAACCUUUUAAUUUUUAUACGUUAAAGUUAAAUUAGCGCCUCAUGAAAUAUGUUGAAGAAUUUAACUGGAAAAUAAGCACUUUGUUUUUUUUUAUUCCUUACAAGGAGAAUCUGCUUUUUGCAGGCCUUUGUUUGGAAAUUGUUAUUUGAGAAUUAUUCCUGUUCAGGAAUAUUUCAGUAAAUAGUAAAUUCUAUUCAUUAACCAUUGUUUGCAAUGUUGUUGAAAUAGAAGCCUUUUCUUUUAAGUGAGAGAUGCAUUUAUAACGUCUUGAUUUAAACGGGCAGUGAACCAAAGGCUAGAAGAAUUCGGGUUGUACUUAUUAUUUGAUUUAAAAUGUUACCCUAAAAGAAAUGUUAUUUUUGUGUAUUUUUAUAUUUAAUUUUAGCUCUACGUCAGUAGCAGUAUAGAGAAAAAUAUUAUAGUUUGCUUGAUGGUCAGUGUAAAAAUUAGAUAAGACCUGCAAAUGUUGUAAUAAUAAUAUAAUACUGAAAAAAAUUGACUUCCAUGUUAAAUAUGGUGUCCUAGUAACUGAAAAUUGAUGAAACUUAAGAUUUAACAAAGUAUAUAUAUAUUUUUUUUUUCUGUAACUUAUUCAUUCUCAUUGAUAUAUAUUUGUUAUGACUUAAUUAUUUUAUUAUUGUUUUUAAUGUUAUGAUUGAAUCACUAAGGUUUGAUUGAGGAAAAGUGCAUAAUGUGCCUUUUAGUUAAAGAAAGGUGUGUAACUCUCUCAUUUUCAAGUGUGGGGCCUGAAGUUACUACAAAAAAAAGCAGUAGUAACUCCCUCAUUUUCAAGUGUGGGGCCUGAAGUUACUACAAAAAGCAGUAGUGGCUUAUUUGAUAGGUCAUUAAAAUAAUGAGUAAAGGACAAAGAUAUAAACAACAUGGAAGGCUUAUAUAUUUAUAUUACAUUCCACGAUUUAAUAAAUAUCUUUUAAAACUAAACCAUAUUGUUCAUUUUUUUUGAACUAGUAAGCACACAUGACUAACAGUCUAGUAUAUUUUAUCUAGGUAUGCGUAGACUGUACUUGCAAAUGUGCAUGAUUUUGUAGUAUCACUAAUCUAAUUAGCCAUAAAUUAGUGUUUUAAGAGUUCUGUUUUAUGAUAAUUUUUUAAUUUCAUUUUCAUGAAACUUUCUGUCUGCAUACUGUACUUUCACAGGCUGUGUGUAAAAUGAAUAUUAAAGUAAACGAGGGAUCCUCAACAGCUGUGGCUGUAAUUAAAUCUAAAAUUGGUCAAGAGAUGGAGCUACGAGUUAAAAGUUUGUAUUUGAAAAAAAAAAACCUGUUAUUCUAUUCUAAAAAUUUAUAAGAACAAAAGGUGAGUAAACUAUUUGUAGAACAACAAAAAAUUCUCAGAUAAGUUUAAUAUAUUUCCUUGUCACCAGAGGUCACUUGUAUGAUUUGCCCUUUACUGUCAGGUUAAAGAGGAUAAUCAAGAUUUUAAAUACAGAUUUGAUGUACUAUAAUUUUUCAAUUAAGAUGUUUAGAAAACAUCUAAAAAAAUCACAAUGCUACAAACCUAUUAAUAUAGGGGUGGGUGGGUGAAUAAUAUAUUUUCUUUUUUAUCCCAACUCCCUUUAAGAAGGAAAGUCUACCUUUUGAAAGUGCUCUGGUUUCGUAUAGUUAGGCUUAAUUUUUCAAGUGUUUUUGUAGACUUGUAACAUUCUUUGUCUUUAAUUUUCCACACACUCAGUAUAACAUUCCAAAAUAUUUAUGUACAACAUAACUAUCAGUUAUGAGGCAUUUUAGCCGUUGUGUAUUAGCUUUAGCAUUUCUAUAAACUUCUAGCAAUAUUACAAUACAUGAUAAGUGGGGUGUUUCGAAUUUAUUUUAACCUGUGAGAGAAUACAUUAAAAACGAAUAGGUAAAUAAAAAAAAUGAAGAAUUACUAACAAAUAUUCAAUUGAAAUCAUUUAUGAAUAAUUUACUGUUGAUUUUAUAUUUAUGAUAUUUAAGUGAUAGUUAUUAUUAUUAUUUAGUUAUCAAAGAUUGUCUUGGCAUUUAUUGACUUUGUGUUCUUUUGCUUUUAACUUUACAUGUCAGUUUUUUUUUCUAAUUUUUGUGAAUAUAGGAUAACUUUCUUUAAGUAAUAUUGAAUUGUAGGGUUAACAGUAAUAAGAUUAAAAGUUGUUUUAUGUUAUUACCAGUUAAAAUAAGAGUGUACUUAGAAAACUUAUUCAACAGUUUUAUCUUCAUUCCUCUUAACAAAAGGCCUAAAUUAAUAUAUAUAUAUAUGUUCUACAAUGCAGCAUUUUAUAAACUUUUGUGUAAAUCGACUUUGUCAAAGUUUCAAUUUCAUUUGUAAUAUUUAUGCAAAAACAAAAACUUUAUAUCAUUAGAAAUGUAUAUUGAGUCGUAGAUUUUAAGAUGCCAAAGUGUAAUUGGAUGUUUUUUGUCUUUUCUGUUUAUUUUACUUAUGUAAUAAUAUGUUUCCUUAUGCGAAUAACUGAUUCUGCAUUAGCGCAGAAUUUUGCUAUAGUCAAGAAUAAAAAAAGUGAGCACAAGAAAGAACCACAUAAAUUUGUACAACAUAAACUUUGCUACUUUCAAAUUUUGCAAUGGGACAGUAGGAUAAAACAGCAGAAGUUUUAAGUUUAUUCUCAAUUGUUUACUUGUAUAUGGAGUGGUUUUGCAUUUACUGUAUUUUCUGGAAAGUUGUGUAUGCAAGUCACAUGUAUAAGUCAGAAAAGCAAUUUUGUAUGAAAGGAUUUUAGAUUUUUUAAAAAUAAAUUUUAUGAAAUGCAAAUAUUAAAUUAAUUUAAUUCCAGUUUGUCAUUUUAUAUAUUAUCGGUGAUUUUUUGAAAUAACAUUUAGGUAAGUUGUGACUGUGAACUGUAUGAAAAGUCUUAAUAAACUGAUUAGUGAACUGAA